CCAUCUACUUCUGUAACUACCUUAUACCACUCUCUAGGUGGACGCCAUCUUGAACGCGCCUGUACUCUGCGCUGUUUGGUCUUGUCCUCUUUGUGCUCUUUCCUGGUCUUUGCGCAUCUAUCUCCGCCCUCAAUCUCUCGGCGCAACUUGUAGGACCAGCUCGCGCGCCUCUCCACGACCUUGACGAUUCGACGACUAUACAAAAGUAGUUCCUUCAGUCCCGCCGAGCACCCUCGAGGGUCGCUCACCACCCACCGCCCAUCAUGUCCAUCACCUCGAAUAUGAGCAUGUACUCGCUCACCCUGCAACCUGCUGGAGUCAUCACGCAUGCUAUUGUCGGCAACUUCGUCGCAAGCAGGCCGAAAGAGCAGCAAGUCAUCCUGGCUCAGGGGGAGAGACUGAGUCUGUUGACCAUUGACAAGGACACCGACCAGAUCCGCACCAUCCUCACGCACAACGCCUUUGGCAUCCUACGCAACCUGUCAUCCUGCAGGGUCCCCGGUACCCCUCGCGACCUGAUCAUCGUAUCCUCCGACUCUGGACGUGUCUCCCUCCUCCAGUAUGACGACGAGAAGAACCGCUUCGAACGCGUCCACCUUGAGACUUUCGGCAAGUCUGGCAUCCGUCGCACCAUCCCUGGCCAAUACCUCGCGUCUGACCCACGCGGUCGAUGCUGCAUGUUCGCCUCUGUCGAGAAGAACAAGGUCGUCUACAUUCUGAAUCGCAACUCGGAACAGCAGGUCACAAUCUCAUCGCCUCAAGAAGUCAACCGCCCGCAGACCUUGACCUUCGACAUUUGCCCUGUCGACACAAACUUCCAGAAUCCCGUCUUCGCUGCCCUCGAGGUCGACUACACAGACAGCGAUCAGGACCCGACAAACGAGUCCUACGAUAUUCGCGAGAAGCUUCUCGUCUACUACCGUGUCGAUCUCGGCCUCAACCAUGUUGUCCGCGAGUGGGCCGACGCUGUCGACUAUUCAGCAAACAAGCUGUUCCCCGUCCCCGGUGGUGCUGACGGUCCCAGCGGUGUCGUCGUCUGUUCUCUGGGAAAAAUCACUUAUAGACAUCCCAUGCAGGAGCCUCACACGCUGGUCAUUCCUCGUCGCAGGGGUGGUCUUGAGAACCCCGAUCGCGAGAGACGCAUUGUUGCUGGUGUCGUACAUCGUUUCAAGGCUGGCUUCUUCCAUCUCCUGCAAACUGAAGACGGUGACUUGUUCAAGCUUACCAUGGAUCUUGUCGAGGACGAUCAAGGCCGUAAGACUGGCGAGGUUGGAAGUAUCGAGCUACGCUAUUUCGACACCUUCCCUAUUGCCUCGACCAUGUGCAUCCUGAAAUCUGGUUACCUCUUCGUCGCAGCAGAAAAUGGCGACAGUCACUUCUAUCGCUUCCUCAACCUAGGCAUGAACAUCGACCCUCUUACCGACAGCACCUCCCAGGAAAUAUCUUACUUCUUCCCUCACGACUACGACAAUGUUGACCAAUCAGCAACCGUCGCCAGUAUGCAUCCUCAACGCAAGACUGUGGUACAGGACAUUACCGGUGGUGAUGAUUGGAAGAUUUAUAGCACAGCUGGAACCGGUACUCGCAGUUCUUUCAAGGUCGUCAGCCAUGGCCUGAGCGUUAGCGAACAGACUCGCGCCGAACUGCCCGAUCAGCCCAACAAUCUUUGGGUUGUCUCGGAUGAUCGUUUCUCGGAGGCGGACAAAUACAUUGUCCUUGGUUUCCGCGAUGCCACACUUUUCUUGGAAGUUGGUGAGAAUACCCACGAAGUUUCCGAUCACGGUCUGCACAAGGAAGUCACCACUAUCCACAUGGGUCUCAUGGGUGACACUGGUAUUCUGCAAGUCUGGGACAGAGGCUUCCGUUUCUAUACUGGUCCCGAUAGCCCGCAAGAAGAUUGGAGGUGCCCAGCGCAUCGUACUAUCAUCAAAGCCACGAAUAAUCACCAACAGUUGUGUCUAGCGCUCAGCUCUGGCGAGCUUCUGUACUUUGAGGUCUCACAGGACGGCAGGAGAAUCCAAGAGUAUGAGCAAGGUGCCGAUGUCUUGACUGUUUCAGGUGUGGUUCAAGCCAUGAGUAUGGGUGAUGUUCCUGAGGGUCGUGUCAGAGCACCGUUCCUCGUUGUUGGGUGCGACGAUUCGACUAUUCGUGUCUACUCUCUUGACCCUGGUGGUGAGAUGCUCAAGUCCCAGUCCAUCCAGUCGCUUACAUCGCCUCCUCGAUCUAUCGAAAUCUUGCCAAUGGAAGACUCGACAGGUAUGACCAACUUCGUCCACGUUGGCCUCUUCUCUGGUCUCUACCUACGUGCAGUCUUGGACGAGGUCACUGGCGAACUUGGCGAUGUACGCUCACGCUUCUUGGGUGCUGACGAGGCCAAGCUUUACCCAGUCGCCGUCAACGAUAGUCCUGCUGUGCUUGCUUGCGGCGCCAAGACUUUCCUCUCAUAUCCCCAUCCCGAAACCAAGGAGCUGCUACUGACCCCUCUUGACUACCACUCUUUCAACUGCGCAAGCAUGUUGAGGUCUAGAGUGGCUGGCCGCAAGGGACAAACAUCAGUCAGGCAGUCGAUCGUUGCACUACGUGGUGCAGAAAUCUUCGUCUUCAGCAUCGGAGACACUUCUAACAACAUUCUCACAAAAUCGAUCCCGCUCAAACACACUCCUCGCGAUUUCUGUAGGCACCCAGAAUACCGCUACUUCUCAGUCAUUCAAUCAGAUCAAAACGUACUUAGCAAGCAGGCUAGGGAAACACUUCUUGCUGACCCGACAAGAUCAGAAGAAGAUAAGAAGCAGAUGGGUCCAAGUGAGCAGUUCGGCUGGCCACGAGGUCCCGGUUGGGCGUCGUGUAUUCAGGUGGUUGACCCGACAGCUGAAGAUGAGAAAGACGGCGUUGCAUACACAGUCGACCUUGAUUCGAAUGAGGCUGCUUUGUGUUGUGAUAUGGUAGCCUUUGAGAACCAAGACGGUGAAGUCUUUUUGCUUGUUGGUACCGGAAAGAACAUCCCAUCUGGUGCGCCGACACCAAGCUCGCCCAAACCUACUGGUUCGGUACAUGUAUAUCGAGUGUUGGAUCCAGGUAACGAGCUUGAGCUGAUUCACAAGACGGAUUUCGAGAAGCCGGUUCGUGCGCUCAUGCCCUUCCAGGGUCGUCUUGCGCUCGCUGUUGGAAACGAGGUAUUCAUCUACGAUCUGGGUAUGAAGGCUUUGUUACGUAAGGCCCGCUGUCGCACACCUGGCACUCAGAUCAUCGGUAUGAAGACACAAGGCUCACGUAUUGUUGUCGGUGAUGUGCAAGAGUCGGUUUGCUACAUCGUCUACAAUCACAAGGACAACAAACUCACACCAUUUGCCGAUGACGUAAUUGCUCGUUGGACAACUUGCUUCACCAUGCUCGACUACGAUACUGUCGCUGGUGGAGACAAGUUCGGAAAUGUGUGGGCUGUACGCUGUCCGAAAUCUGCAUCUGACGAAGCGGACGAACCUGGAGCAGCGUCAUUCCUCGCGAACGAGAAGGCAUAUCUUGGUGGUACUCCUCACCGUCUCGCUCUGCAAUUCCACGACUUUGUACAAGACAUCCCUAUGUCGAUGCAGAAGACAACUUUGGUACCCGGCGGUCAAGAAGUGAUCUUCUGGGCUGGUCUUCAAGGGACUCUGGGUGUCUUUGUGCCCUUCAUGGACAGAGAAGACGUGGAUUUCUUUGGCAGCCUGGAGCAACAUCUGCGCACUGAGGACGCACCGAUAUGUGGACGUGAUCAUCUGAUGUACAGAAGUUACUACAUUCCCGUCAAGGGAUGUAUUGAUGGUGACCUCUGCGAGAGAUACUUCUUGCUGAGCAGAGAUAAGAAGGAGAGGAUCGCUGGUGACUUGGACCGUACUGUCAGAGAGGUGGAGAAGAAGAUUGGUGAGAUGAGAACGAGAGUAGCAUUCUAAGAGAUCCUUAGUACAAAUAGAAUAUGAUAUCCAGUGCAACAUUGUGUUGCAUGACAAGUUAGCAUCAUGUGCGGAG